UAUCGCUCCUUACAAUGGCCGACAGGCGCCGAGAGACGCCGAGUUAACGGCGGCGGGGAUGAGCUCGACGUAAAGUCAUCUUGUGGAAGGAAUAGGCCGUUUUCUCCUUUGCGAGGGGGAGGGGGUUUCCGGGCGACGUUUUCCGUCAAAGCCGCUCCCCUCCCCUCUGUUGACGGUCCGCCUGCCCCGCACAAACAUGGCGGCGGAUCGGGCGCGAUCUCGCGAGGUUCGGCGCUGGGGUACAUAAGGCGGGGCUGGAAAGCCUCGCGCCCUCUCCGUUGGCAGCCGGUGAAGGUGCAGCUCGCCCCCUCCCUCGGUCGUCCCGAAUCCGGGUUCAUCCGACACCGACACCGCGCACCCCGUCCCGCCGCCGCCGCCCGCCCCCGCCGACAUGCCUCCCAAGUUCGACCCCAACGAAAUUAAGAUCGUGUUCCUCAGAUGCACUGGAGGUGAAAUUGGUGCCACUUCUGCAUUGGCUCCCAAGAUUGGCCCACUGGGUCUGUCUCCCAAGAAGGUUGGUGAUGAUAUUGCCAAGGCAACAGGUGACUGGAAAGGGCUGAGGAUCACCAUCAAGCUGACUAUCCAGAACCGACAGGCCCAGAUUGAGGUUGUCCCAUCAGCGUCUGCUCUGAUCAUCAAAGCCCUAAAGGAACCACCCCGCGACAGGAAGAAGCAGAAGAACAUUAAGCACAGCGGUAGUAUCACCUUUGACGAAGUGGUUGGCAUAGCCCGUGUGAUGAAACAUCGCUCUUUGGCCAGGGAGCUUUCAGGGACCAUAAAGGAAAUCCUGGGAACAGCUCAGUCCGUUGGCUGCACCAUUGAUGGGAAACACCCUCACGAUGUCAUCGAUGAAAUCAAUGACGGUACAAUGGAGUGUCCCACAGAAUAAAGAGGCGACAACAUGGAACAGAAUAUAAAUAAAUUGUUUCAAGGAA